AACCACAGAAAAAUUCUGACCUUUUCUCUGGCUGAGAAAGUGACUGAUAUGUUUAUAAAGUUUUAUUCUAAUUGUGCUAACGUUAUGUCUCGUGAAAAUGAACGUAUCAUCGUCGUCGAGUUGCACAAGUUGGAAAUGAAGAUAGCCGACAUUGCUCGUGCGACUAGUUUCCAAUAGAGGAUUGUCUACAGGAUCGUGAAACGUUUCAAGGAGACUGGAGGGACUGUGGAUCGUCCUCGGAGCAAUCGUCCAACCACCGCGACCAUUCCGGAGAACAUUAACAAGGUGUGAUGCCGGAUUCGGCGCAAUCCGGGGGUAUCCAUGCGCAAAACGGCCAAGGAGCUCCAAAUCAGCGAGGAGCGAUUCCGUAAUAUCGUCAAAAGGAAACUGGGACUUCGCAGCUACAAGAUCGCCCGUGUCAGCUUCUUAAAUGAAGCGAUGAAGGCGAAGAGGCUCGAGAAAGCUCGCCGAAUGUGUCGGCUGAUCGGCGAUGGUCGCUUGAACAAGGUGCUCUUCACCGACGAGAAGAUUUUCACCCUCGAGCCGCUUCAAAACUGCCAAAACCAUCAACAGCUGCUCAAGAAGGGUCAACAGAAGACUGCCACUGCAAAAACCAUUGGUCGCAGCCAUUUUCCGGCUUCAAUCAUGGUCUGCGCCACUGGGAAGACGCCGCUGGUCUUCAUCGAGCGGAACGUCAAGAUCAACGCCACCAUCUACCAGAAACGGGUCCUAUGCGAUGUAUUGGAGCCAUGGGCGUCAUAGCACUUCGGUUCAGAAGGAUUCACGCUUCAGCAAGACUGGGCACCGGCGCAUUCGGCCCAAUCGACAAUUACCGUCUGUGAAGAGCUGUUUCCGGGCUUUUGGCGCAAAUACGUUUGGCCGUCUAACUCGCCGGAUCUUAAC